UAGCUUCGAUUCUUCUUCUUCUUCUGGACGGCGAGAGGUAGGCGGCAGCAAGAUCGAUCGAUCGAUCGAUCUUUGUGUUGUUUGGUGAUGGAGUACGACGAGCAGGGGGAGUACGCGACGGUGACGUCGGCGCCGCCGAAGCGGCCGGCGGGGAGGACCAAGUUCAGGGAGACGAGGCACCCGCUGUACCGCGGGGUGCGGCGGCGCGGGCCGGCGGGGAGGUGGGUGUGCGAGGUCAGGGAGCCCAACAAGAAGUCCCGCAUCUGGCUCGGCACCUUCGCCACCGCCGAGGCCGCGGCGCGCGCCCACGACGUCGCCGCGCUGGCGCUGCGCGGCCGCGGGGCCUGCCUCAACUUCGCCGACUCCGCCCGCCUGCUCCGCGUCGACCCGGCCACGCUCGCCACCCCCGAGGACAUCCGCCGCGCCGCCAUCGAGCUCGCCGAGGCGUGCCCGCACGACGCCGCCGCCGCCGAUGCCGCCGCCUCCACCUCCACCACCGUCGACACGACGGCGCCCGCGAUGACGAUGCAUCACCAGGAGGACAUGGCCACGCCGUCGUACGACUACGCGUACUACGGCAGCAUGGACUUCGACCAGCCUUCCUACUACUACGACGGGAUGGGCGGCGGCGGCGAGUACCAGAGCUGGCAAAUGGACGGCGACGACGACGCCAGCGCCGGCAGCUACGGCGGCGGCGACGUCACUCUCUGGAGCUACUGAAUGAGAUCAAGUUGGAGCAGUUUUGAGCUCAACCAGCUUUGCUCCUCCUAUACAACUAAGCUGUAGGAGAAAUUAAUGGAGAUUUUUUCCUUCUUUAAUUUCUUUUUUUACAUUUUUUUCAUGAUAAAAGGCUGAGCUGGUAGGGAGUUCUACAGGGAUCGAUGAAAUAAAGAUUUUGAGAUUGUAAUACUAGAAAGAAUGGGCAUGCAAAAGGGAGUAAAUUGCUAUGCUCCUCUUCUUUUUUCUGUGGAGGAAUAAAAUGCCAGACUUCUUAAUUAGAGCCAGUUUUUGGAGUU